AUGGUGGGGCCCAGUUAUGCCAACUGGGUGGAGGUGCCAGUAAUUGAUCUCUCGGACGACGAGGAAGUCCAAGAGACAAGCCCCCCUGCAAAGCGACGUUGUCUCUUCAGUCCGUCGACGAGUGGCAUACCCAGGCAGGAACCUGAGGGACCAAGGCACGCUUUGGGCAAGCCUCAGUCGGCCCUUCGCUGUCUUGGGACUGCCAUCUUCCCGGAAGCCAAUGCAGACUUCCUAAGGCAUUUGGAGGAUCAGGGAUUUGCUGUGCUGCAGGGCAUCUUGGGAAGCACGGGCAGCUGCCAGGCUUUCCUGCAUGAGUUCUGGACAGCUAUGAAGGCCGUGGCGCCAAGCAUCGAUCCCACGCAACAGAGCACGUGGAAUUUUCCAAAGGGUUUUCGGGGCAUCGUCACAAGUUACGGGCUUCCGCAAGCAGAUUUCGCUUGGUCGAUACGAGCGCACCCACGGGUUCACACUGCCUUCGCCCGCAUAUUUGGUACGACCGACUUGGUCGUAAGCCUCGAUGCGAUCAUCGCAGAAGCACGACCUGCGAAAACCAAGCUGCAACCCUGGCUUCACAAGGACCAACAUCCUUCGCAUGCCGGUCUGUCGAUACAAGCCGUCUACACACACUUCGGCAGUGCAUCCGGUGAGUCCGGAACCUGCGUAGUUCCGGGGUCGCACAGGGUGACCUAUGAUUGGGAAAGGAGCGCCAGGUCUGAUCACGUCCGUGCACCUGAGGACACUUUCCAGUCUCAGGUGCUGAAGCCCGACGUGCCGCCGGACAGCAUGAUCUUCUUCAACUCACGCCUUGUGCAUGCCAGUCAAAGUGGUGCGCAGGCGCCUUCCCAACGUCCCGCAAGGCUGGGCGUUUGCGUGGCCUACGCGCCUCGUGCGCGGCGCUCUGAGGCAACACGGCGCAAGAAGGAGAAAGCGUACCUGGAGGGCAAGUGCAGUUCGCAUUGGCCCUGUGACCGGUUUUCCUUGAAGCCUCCGCUGAAGCAAUAUCAACUUCUAAAAGGCGCUACCAGCUUGCCGCCCCCACCUGCAAGCUCGGAAAAAAUGCAGUGCACCCGAGCUAAGAGCAGUCUGCCGAACGAAGUGGCACGAAGCUGUCUAAUGGAACUCGUGGACCUGCAGCCAUGGGCUUCAAGCCAAGCUGGGCCAGCCUGGCCCAACCGUUUGUUGGAAUCCAUUUUCGUAGCACUGAUGCCGGCAUACGCCAUCGUGCUGGCAGUCCUUCAACUCGCCCAUGCUGCAGAAUUUAAGGCCGUUCACGUAUCGGCAGAUGGCAACCCUGAAGCCUUGCCAAUUCGCGGUCAUUCCGCGGGCUAUGUGAGACGAGAACACAGGUCUCAGGAUCCGAGCUUAGCACAGCUUGUGCCGCAGCCGGUUAUUAAGGCCGUAGAAGAUGCCACCCAAGCAGUGUCGCAUGCCAAGCCGGACAGCGGGAUUGGUAUCUGGAAGGCCGAGGAGAAGCAAGCCUCAAUCGCCAUGUCGCUUUCGCUAUUGGCCUCGCUGAGCUUUGUUCUGACGGUCUUCUACAUGUGGAACACUCCCGCCCUCCAGGUUGCCACCAGAAAGGUCCUUGUCUCCAGCAUCUCUCUGUUCUCGGUGGUGCUCCUCUUCAUGGUGGCUGAGCUGAGAUACGCAAGUCUCACGCCUAUCUUGGAUCUGUGGCACGUGUGUGCUCGUCGGAAGGUUAUGAAAAAGCUUUGGUCGAGUGAGUCUAGGAUCCUGAGCGACGUCUUCUCCUUUCUACGCUUCUUGAUACUGUACCUGUUGCCCAGCGUCCUGCGGAAGCGGCUGGAGAAGCACAUGGGGACCGACCGCAUGCGAGCCUUUCAGAUCGCAGGAGUGCACCUCAUUGGCUUUGCAGGGGCCGAUGCUUUCUCAGAUUUUCUGAAGAUAGAGGUCUUCAGUGCCUCCCCGUACGGAUACUUCUUGGGAGUCGGCUGCAUGACAGUGCUUCUUGGCCUCAUGAGCUGGGUUUCGGCGAAGCUGAGGAAGGAGCCUCAAACAGCGGAGGCCCGCGGCUUGCAUGCAAAGCUGGCGCACGGCUUGACCGGAGAUCCGCGAUCACUGCACGCAAGGGCGACGCAGGUGAGCAUGGUGCCUAAAGUUGACUGGCGAGACCUCAGCCUCGGCAGCCUCGGGUCCGGAAGCGUGUCCGGCAUUCCUCAAGUCCUGGAGACAAUGGAGGUUGAGAUCGCAGGCUUUGUUGUCGGGUUUCUGGCUUCGAUGUGGGUGCGCUUCACGGUAACUGGAGCCGUGCCUGGGGCCAGGUUCAGGCACGGUGAAAGUCUACAGAUUUCAGGAGAAGAUGUGUCAUGGUUGUUUUGCUUCUGCUUGGCCGCCUUCUUCUUUGCCGCAGUUCUCGUGACCCGUCCCAAAACAGAGUCCUCGGGAACAAGAAUGCAAUAUUUCCUGCAGCGAAGUCGCAGGACGUUGUCCGAGAGUCUGCUGAUGUCCUUUGCUUGGCUCGUCUUCUUCCUUUGCCAGUGGUUCCUUUGGCACAUCACAGCCGAUGGUGCGGAUGGCUCGCACCACACGGCCAAGCUCACGGCCUCGAACGCUUUGGCUCUCCUGGCAUCAGCCUUGGUCUUCCUUCCGAUGGUUUUUGCAAAGCUUCUGGGGAAAGCAGAUUGGAUUCUUUCCAACUCCGAAGCUUUCGUGAAAGUGGCGGCUCUUGUCCUGGGCUUCUCCUGGGAGACCGCAGUCUACAUGGUCGUGCAGGGUGCCUCCGAGAGCACAGAAGGUGAGGCUACAAAGAAGUUGCUUGGGAUUGCGACGAUCUUGCUCAUCCUCCUCUUCAUUUUGCCCGGGUGGUACAUGCACAUGCUGCCCGAGCCGAAGCCCGAACAGGAGAAGGAUCCAGUGGCCAAGGAAAAGGCAGACGUGUGGAAGCCAGGCCAAGGGGGGGGGGGCGGGGUGAGCAGGGGAGCCGCCGGGGAGUCUUUGCAGUAUGGGGCCGUGGGUGAGGAGGCUGCGCGGAGAGGUGUCCCUACGAGGAAAGGGCGACACUUCGGCUGCAGCAAGGAAGAGGAAAAAGUGGAGACAGCUUUGGAGCAUCCGGCACUGGAGCUGAGGCUGAGCCGAUCGACUCGCAAAGCGAGGCGGCGCCCGUCUCCGAGCAGGCACAGUUCCCAGAGCUUGUGUGGUGCCCGCAUCAAGCUGCUGAUUGAAAUCUCCAAGGCAAUUGAAGCCGAAGCCGCUACAGAGGUGUAG